UGUCCUAGAUUUAUGAAAUAUAAUGCUGUUUAAUAUCAGAUUAGUAAAUAUGUGCUAAUGGUCCUCUGCAAUCUGAGCUUGAUGCACAACACCAUGUUUAUUAUUAUGAUUAUUAUUAGAGGUGUUAGAGUUCCACCUACCAGCCCUUCGAAACAAACAAGCCUUUGAAACUUAGUGGUAAUCUGUACAUUCUUAUGCGUGUGAGUGUAUGUGUGUUGUGGUUACUGUUUGUGAUUCUCACAGCAUUGUGCAACUGAAGCAAAAUAAUAAAUUCAGUGCAAUGUGUGGCUCAUUCGCCUUAGGCUUCACAUUGUGAAAUUGUUGUAGUAAAUAAGAGACACUGAAAUAAUAUGACAAGCUAUUAGGAUUGCACUCCAGCAACAGCUAUUAUGCAAUUUGCCAUGUAUUAUUAUAUUCUGAGUGUAGACAGACUGUUGAUUCUAAAAGGAAAAUGAAUGCCUUGGUUCAAAUGCAGAAUUGAUGAUAUAUGGAUAAAAUAUCACUUUGCUCAGAGCAACUCUCCAUCCACGUCAAAAUAUUUGACAAAGCUUGAUGAAUCAGACAAAUGGUAUGUUCAUGGCAUAUCUAUGUAAGCCUGUCAUGUCUUUAAUACCCUGCCACCCCUACGUUUCCAUUUCCAAUAGCCACUUUCACAAGAUUUUAUAGAAAACAGCCUACAUUCCAAUAAUUCCAAUGGGGUUUGUUUUGUUUUGUUUUUUUUCUAAUUUUCUCAUACAAAAUAUCCGCUUUCUAUAGAUGUCGCAAUGCCAAGGAGUAAUAAGAGUUGAAAUGUUUGAGUUUUUUUUAUUUCCCAGAUCUGAGAGGGAGACUGAGGCUGGCAGAAACUGGAUGUGAAAUAAAAUGUUAGUACAGCAGUAUCCUGUUAGAUUUACAUCUAUGUGGAAAAUUAUUAGCUCUCUGAAUAUGUUCUUUCUAGCAGAUCAAACUGCUUACUGAAGUUUUCCAACUCCUCUGUUUCAUUUAAUAUGACAUGGACAGUCUCUAAACUAAAGUUGUACAGAUAACAUAAAUAUCUGGGUAAAAUAUUUAUUAAAAGCCACAUUUAUUUAAAAAUGAUCGGCAGGACAUGUAGCAAAAACAAAUGGGUAAAGUGAUGUAAUUAUUGUGGUCUUGGUUUAAGAACGGAUUAAUUAAUGAUUAAUUAAUUAAUGAACAUAUUAAUGAUUCAGCUCUAUAGCUGGUAAUGAUGAUUAUCAUUAUUAUUAUUAUUAUUUCAUCUAUACAUUUCCACAAAUGUCUUGUUUUUUUUAUGUCUUGUGUCCUUACUGAACUCCUCCCAGUGUGUGAGGUUUUUCAGCCUCAGCACUUGAUUGAGUCAUAGGUACGUGUUAAAAAGCCUUUCCAGCAACCUUGAUCAUCCAGUCCAGCUCUUCUCCAGCUGGCCGCUUUCAACACCUCUGUGAUUCAGAGCUGGACGAUGGGGAUCUUUUUUGGUUUAGUUUGUGCCUUUGCUGUUUUUGCUCCUCCGUGUCUUGGUGCUCCUCUUCUGCAGGUCGAGCGAGGAGAUGCAACAUUACAUCAUUGUGAAAAACUCCAGGAUGAUGUGGUACUGGCAGCUAAAUACAUCGAACGCUUCUACAGUUUUCAGACAGGUCCCCCUGGUCAUAGGAAGAGAAGUCGCCCCUCUUUUUCCUCUAAACUGAAGGACAUGCAGAGCUUUUUUGGACUUAAUCAGACAGGCAGCUUGGACACUGAGACACUAGCUGUAAUAAAGAUGCCCAGGUGUGGUGUUCCUGAUAUUGAGGAAUAUGUUUACAACCGAGGCAACAGAUGGAAGAAAAAUGUGAUAUCUUACAGCAUUGGGAGGUACACCACUGACCUACCUACGAAUACAGUAGACUCCUUGAUUGGAGCAGCUCUGGACGUGUGGGCUAAAGCCAGCCCUUUACAUUUCUUCAGGUCUUCCUCUCAGCAAGCUGACAUCAUGGUGGAGUUUGGCUCCAAAUACCAUGGCGACAACUACCCCUUUGAUGGACCUAAAGGCACACUGGCUCAUGCUUUUGACCCUGGAGAGGGCAUCGGAGGAGAUGUUCACUUUGAUGAAGAUGAACUUUGGACAGCAGAUUCCAGAGGAUUUAACCUGUAUUUGGUUGCAGCACAUGAGUUUGGACACGCCUUGGGUUUGAAACAUUCUCAAAACCCACAGUCCCUCAUGUAUCCCACGUACAGAAACCGUCAACCACAAAAUAUGCUUUCCAGUGAAGAUAUUAUGAACAUCAACGCACUGUAUGGUAUAAAUUCACUUACUUUCUGUACCCAUGUUGUCCACAGAGAUGUAUUGAAUUUCCCCUCAUAUAAAGUCUUACUUGCUUUUCACAAUUAAACAUAAAAUCAUAAAUGAUAUUCCACAGGGCCGAGCGUUACAGCACCUUAUUACCCAAGGCUGAAUUGGAACUAUCCCUUCAACUCUUGGUACACUGGCUUUUACUAUCCAAGGGCAGUAAAGGACAAAUGUGAUCCUGGCCUGUCUUUUGACUCUGUUACUAAUAUAGGGACAGACAUGUUCUUUUUCAAAGACCGGUAUUUAUGGAUCAAGAAUGCUACAAAUGGCAUAAAGGAGGGUCCCAUCAACAGUUUCAUUUCAAAAAUCAAUUCAAGAAUUGAUGCUGCCUACUGGCAUCCACAACACUCUACUACCUUCCUUUUCAGUGGUUCCAGCUUCUGGACAGUGAAGGGCUCUCGGAUGAAAUGCCAGCGUAAAAAAAUCACCAGCUUCGGUUUCCCAGCCUCAGUGGACCACAUAGAUGCUGCAGUCCACGUUCCCAACACUGGCCAUACCUUAUUCUUUACUCGGGAUCAAUACUGGAGAUACAAUGAGAAUGAUAACACCUUGGAAAAAUCUAACCCACACGUCAUCUCAGAUGUUUUCCCAGGCAUUAAGACGCCCAUCAGUGCAGCUGUUUAUAAGCAUGGUUUCCUUCAUUUCUUUGUUGAAGCUGAGGUGUACAAAUAUGAUGUAAUGGAGAGGAGGGUUAUUACAAUUAAAAAAGCAAGUUCUUGGCUUGGAUGUUAACAAAGAGUUUUAAAAAAAAAAUUAUAGGCUUACACAAUGUAAUUAUAUGAACGUAGGCUGUAUUCUAUGCCUAUAAUUGUACAGAAUGCAGAAAAUCAGACUGCAUAUAGUGUGUUAAUGUGCAUCUACUGGUUUGAAAAUCAAUUUCUUAUUCUUCUAUCUUCUUUAAAACUACAUGAAAAACAGGUGUCUGUGUGUGUUGGGGGGAGGGGGAGAUCUUGACCGUCUUCAUAGGAAUUAAGGACUAUUUGCUAUAAGCACUUAUUAUGCUAUGUUUGUUUUCAGCACUUGUGUGAACACUAAAUACACUGAAAAAUACCUAGGCUGCUAAUUAGGCAGUAUGUUAUUUGUUAGGUUUCUAUACAAUUAGCACAGAUUCAUAUAAAAUACUGGUGUUUUAAGCUGGAUGAGGGAGCACCUGCUUGAACAGGUUUAGAUUUCUGAUUAAUGCCGUUGUACUACUGGCCACCAUUACUUUAACACAUUAUUUGUUUUAUUUUACACACUAGCUGGUCAAAUAACUCCGUAUGAAUAUUAGUUUCAGAAAGUGAUACUGUAGAUGUUGUAUAGAGAGAAUAUUUAAAAGAAAAAAUAAAUAACUUUUUAAUAACCACAUAAAACAUUAAAAUAUACAGGCCGAAUGUGUAAUGAUUAAUAAUGUUGAUGUAACUGAUUCUUAACAUAUUAAUUAUGUUUCAUUAUGGUUGACCAAAGCCUACAUAGUGUUUAAAAUCCUACUAGAAAUGUACCAAAAAGAUAGAUUAACAUUAUCCCAAUUUUA